ACACGAGAAGAAACAAAUUGCUAUAUAUAAAGCGUGGGAAUACGAGCAAAAUGAAAUGCAGUUGACAUUGAAAAACGUUAUCGAUGAUCUCGAAUCCUUAAAAGAUAUAAAUACGAAGUUGGAUCAAACUAUUCGAAAGCAAAAAUUGAUGACUGAAUCGAAGUUCUUAGCAAUAAUGACUAAAUACGAUACAGAAAUUGGUAGUAGAUGUAGGACAUUGGAAAAACUGGAUCAAAUAUACAAAUAUGACAAGCUAAAGAAACAGGACUUGGAGAAAAAGAUGAAACGACAAGAAGAAACAUAUCUUGUUUUUAUUAAACAAAAAGAGAAAAUUGGAAUAACACAUUUCGACAAAUCUUUAGCUAUGUUUCAACAAGUACGCUCCGCAAGGAUUAUCCAACGUUGGUGGCGUAAAAUUUUGAGGGAUAUAUAUAUAUAUAGAGAAGACAAAAAAAUUUGAAAAAAAGUAUAACUAAUUGUAUGUAUAUUUUACAUUGCAUCAAAGUCCAUAUAUAUAUAUAUAUACAUAAUAGAGUUUGAUUCAAAGACUUA